AUGCCAUCAACGCAGCACACCUGUGUAACAAGGGUGCACUUGUUUCUUUACCUAUCAGAGACUUCUCAAUAUCAGGAAUAUGGAUCCGUUGGCUGCGCCAUAGUUGGCGCCUUGGAUAACCCGCCGCUGUACAAAUUGGGUUGCUACAAUGAGAAAAACGAAUACGUAUGUACGGCAAAUAUUACCACAAAUAACGAAACGGGUGCCUGUAUCGCAUUGCAACCAGGAGGCUAUGUUUCUUUCAAGGAUGAGCAAGGCAAGAGCUGGUCCAUGCAAUUUGAAAGUUCCAAUCAGGCAAUUGAAUUCUGUUCCCAUGUUGGCGUGGCAAUGCACGGUGCGUCAGGUCAUCCUGAUCAAAGUAUUCUUGCAUGUGACGUUGCUAUUGGAAAAUGUGAUCGUACUGUGUUUGCCAAUGAUACGGUAAAGGUGCGCUAUCAAAGUUGGGUAGUUCAAUGUGAAACUCAAGGGAAAGGACUUCCUAUUCUUGGAAGUAAGUUAGACGGCAACUUGCAGGAUGAUAAGCCGUGUACUUUAACUAUUCCCGCAAAUCAUAUGAGUGUGACUCCUGAGAUGAAAGGGUUUGAAGGGAUGAUUAUAGGAAUGGGAGAAGAAGGAUCCCGUGUGAUCAUCAUUCCCGCUCGAGCAAAACGCGGCGCUGGACCUCAUGUGCACAUGUGUUUUUACACCUAUUUGGUAAAGAAAAAAGCUCUAUCCCAUGUGGCAGAAAACAGUGGCUCUCGCGCAAUAACCUUGGGCAAGCAUUCAGCUCUUCAGUCAAACGAGGAAGAUAAAUUGUUAUUAUCAAACCCCCAAGAUUAUGCGAUUACACGCCCAAAAUCUCCACCGCCAGGAUUCAAUAGAGAGCAGUUAGUGGUUAUGGAUCGAAUGCGUGACCAAGUUGAGGUGCUUUUUCAACAGUUACAGGAGGCGCGACGACAGCUGGAUGUCUUGUUGAAUGACGUACGGAAAUUUGAUCGAAAAACAAAGCCUCAGAGUUUAGCAAGUGCGCAGUUGGAAUACUCUAUUCAAAAGCUUUUGGCCGAUACAGAAGAAGGAAAAGAAUUACUCUCUCAAAAGGAGUUAACGCUGAGACAAAUGGAAGCAAAAAAUAAAGAAUUGCAGAAUAAGCUAGACAAGUUUAGUAAAACCGCUAAUUUACUUGCAGAGGAGAAGAAAAGUACGAUUAGCUCCUCGAACGAGGAAAAGUUGGAUAUGGAUCGAAGAAUAGCUCAAUGCCAGACACAGCUGACACGUUUGCAGUCAGAGCGAGAGGAUGUUGCCCGCCAUCUUUCAACCGUAAAGCGGCUUCUCCAAGUUGCUGACCAGGAUAUCAAAACUGAAAAGCAGAACCUCCAGGUGGCAAUGGUUGCAUUUCAAACAAAUGAGUCGAAGCUUUCAGCUGUGGAGGAAACAUAUGCAGAGGAACAGGCCAGGCGAAAGCUUCUCGAGGCUAAGUCCAUUGCGCUCGGGGAUCAGCUUCGCUCCCUGUUGGAGGAAUUGCGUGUGAAGGAAGGGCAGAUGGAGGAGUGGCGAAAGAAAAUUGAAUGUGACAAGCUACAUUACAUGCAGUUAAUUGAGGAUGAACGCAGUAAAGCGGCCGAGGAUAUGCGCGAGUUAAGACAGGAGUUUAUUGAUGAAUUGGCUGCACGUGACAGACGUUACCAAGAGGAACGUCAAACUGUUGCACAUGAAUCUUUUGAUAGGGGCCGUUUUCAAGGCAUAGAGGACGGACAGACUGAGGCGUUGCUUGAAGCGGAUGCAGCUACGCAGGGCUGUGCUCUUACCGUCCAGCGUCACAAAGCCGAAGUGAAUGCCAUACGUGUUCGUUUAAGGAGCGCAAAGGAAGAAAAUGAAGCUGACAUUUCUCGAUUGACAUCUCAAGCUUCAGCGAUUCACGGGGCACUUUAUGAUCUAAUAGGGGAAAACUCACAGAUGGAAACAGAGCUAGACUCUUUAAGCAGUGCAAAGCAGUCUGUCGAAGAUGAGGCUUUUCAAGAACUCAAGGAUGCAAUUGGACAACUAUCCCUUCCUGUGGGAAGGCAAGAUCUCCUUGCAGUGCUACACUCCUUGCGGGUCAAGAAGGAGAUUAGCUAUGCUUUCGAGGCACAACGAGACGAAGAACGACAAAGGAUUCUUAAUGAGGAACAGAAAGAGGUUAACGAAUGGGUUUGUGGCGCGGUGGAUGGGACUUUUGUGGCGUGUCCUCGCAUGCGCACACCGCGUGUGACUGAGCCACCUGCCCCGUACGUGCCCGAUGUUUCUUUCUUGAAUGCAACAGAUCCAUCCCACGAAAUUGUUGAUUCAAAACUUCAAGAUGAAAUCAAUCAGCGGGAGGCUCUAUUGCAGUUUAAUCCGGAUGAAAUGGAUCGUCGUUAUCGAGAGCUGUUGUCGGAGCUGACGUGUAUGAAUCCCGUUCUAGACUUGGCCGCCCGAAAUAGUCCCCUGAAGGCUCAGAAUGAUGUCGCGGCAGCAAACGGCUUGCCUGCGACUGAGGCCAAAGAGGUCGUUGCAGAGGAGGCUGACACGUCAGCAUCUGCAGAACGGGCGAAAGGCUCUCCAAAAUCACAGCAACAAGUAGGCCAAGAAGAGUCCGCAUCAUCACAGCAGGCGUCACUGCAGAGUGGGUUGCAGCCGUUUCAUUUUACGCAACAACGAGAAGAAGUCGAGCGUGUGCCCUUUGUGAAAACUGAUACCGCUCCAGAAGAAGUGCGCGCGCCAGCACCUGCCCUUUCUCUGGAGGAAGAAAAGGGUGGGUCCCUCACCGUGUCCUCUGAGAAGUUCGUGCCGAACCAACGGGUCAAAGGCUCCGAAGAACAGAUGGCACCUCCACGAAAUCGAGGGUUGCCCCCUCGAAUUAGGAGACCCACUUUCAGUGGCUCGGAUUUUGACUCUGAUCCUCCGGUGGUUUUCAGAGGGUCUGCAAUGCCCAGCUCAAGGAGCGUGGCUCCUCCAAAGAGGUCCUUGUUUGACGAUACUGAUUCUUCGGAGGGUCCAAUGACCUAG